AUGGAUUCUAAAACUUUCCACCCUCCUCUUCUUCCUGUUCUUGUUUUUUCCCUUCUUGUCGUUUCAUCCAUUUGUCGUCCCGACAAAAACAUCCAUCCCAAUAACCAUACAGCGGUGUUCUGGUCGGAGAAUCAGUUGAAGAAACUGAAGCUUAUUCAAGCUAAUCUUAACCGAAUGAACAAGUUCCCUGUCAAAACCAUUCAGAGUCCGGAUGGUGACUUUAUAGAUUGUGUUGAAACUCAUCUACAGCUAGCUUUUGAUCAUCCAUUGCUCAAAGGAAAGAAGCCAUUGGAUCUGCCGGAGAGACCGUCUAACCAGAGCCAUUCCGGUAAGGUGGAGACAGAAAUGUUCCAAUUAUGGAGCAUGUCUGGAGAAUUCUGCCCAGAGGGGACAAUUCCGAUUAGAAGAACGACGGAAAAGGAUAUGUUGAGAGCGAGUUCAGUUCAGAGAUUUGGAAGAAAAGUAAGAAGAGACUCUCUCGGCAAAGGCCAUGAGUAUGCAGUGGGGUUGGUAAGUGGAGGACAGUACUACGGAGCCCAGGCAAGCAUGAACGUAUGGAAGCCGCGGGUCAGCUAUCGGAAUGAGUUCAGCCUCUCACAAAUGUGGCUCGUCUCCGGUUCAUUCCCACGUGAUCUCAAUACCAUUGAAGCUGGGUGGCAGGUUGACCCAGAGCUGUAUGGAGACAACAAUCCAAGAUUGUUCACUUAUUGGACAGCCGACGCAUAUCAAGCAACAGGCUGCUACAAUUUACUCUGUCCAGGCUUCGUUCAAACCAACCGUAGAAUCGCCAUUGGAGCUGCAAUUGCUCCAACUUCCUCCUACAAUGGCGCCCAAUUCGAUAUUAGUUUACUGGUUCGGAAGGAUCCGAAGAAUGGGAAUUGGUGGUUGGAAUUCGGGUCGGGUGAGAUGGUCGGGUACUGGCCGGCGUUUUUGUUCACUCACCUUCAAAGCCACGCAACGACGAUACAGUUUGGCGGAGAGGUGGUGAAUUCGAGGGCGUGGGGAUUUCACACGGCGACAGAAAUGGGGAGCGGGCAUUUCGCAGGCGAAGGAUUCCAAAAAGCUUCUUAUUUUCGAAAUCUGAAGGUUAUGAAUUGGGAUAAUAGUUUGAUUCCAUUGUCCAAUUUGAAGGUUGUGGCAGAUCAUCCAAAUUGCUAUAAUAUUCAACCUCGGAUUAAUAGAGUUUGGGGAAAUUAUUUUUACUACGGAGGGCCGGGAAGAAAUGUGAAGUGCCCUUAA